AUUCCUUAGUUUCAUCAGUAAGGAAAAAAAAAACGUAGUAGUAGCACAUUUUAGAAGGUACCGUAAAAAUGGCAACUGCGAAAAUUGUAUCUCUCAAAGCCUUCGUACAUGGAGUUUCACAUCGGGCCCCACUUCGCCGUUGUCGUAAUCUAACCUCAGCCGUACGAUGUUAUUCCGCCGCCACAUCGCCGCCGUCUAAGGCGGUUGUGUACGAUCAACAUGGCUCUCCUGAUGUUGUCACUAGAGUGAUGGAGCUUCCGCCGGUGGAAAUUAAAGACAAUGAUGUGUGCGUUAGAAUGCUUGCAGCUCCGAUCAAUCCUUCUGAUAUUAAUAGAAUUGAAGGAGUUUAUCCUGUACGACCACCGAUGCCUGCAGUUGGGGGAUAUGAAGGGGUUGGAGAAGUGCAUGCCAUUGGCUCUGCAGUUAAGGGUCUUUCUGCUGGAGAUUGGGUUAUCCCUUCCCCACCUUCUUCAGGAACAUGGCAGACCUACGUAGUAAAAGAGCAAACUGUGUGGCACAAAAUUGAUAAAAGAACCCCGAUGGAGUAUGCUGCGACUGUUACUGUCAAUCCUCUGAGUGCCUUGAGAAUGCUCGAGGACUUUGUUGCAUUAAAAUCAGGGGACACUAUUGUUCAGAAUGGUGCUACCAGCAUAGUGGGGCAAUGUGUUAUUCAACUAGCUCGACUUCAUGGGAUUCAUAGCAUCAAUAUCAUUAGAGACAGGGCAGGAUCAGAUGAAGCAAAAGCAAAUCUCCAGCAAUUAGGUGCUGAUGAAGUGUUUACUGAAAGCCAACUGGAAGUGAAGAAUGUUAGAGGUCUCCUGGGCAAUAUACCUGAACCUGUUCUGGGCUUUAACUGUGUUGGUGGCAAUGCUGCUUCACUGAUCUUAAAAUUCCUGAAGCAGGGUGGCACUAUGGUGACAUAUGGGGGGAUGUCAAAGAAACCAAUAACUGUAUCUACUUCCGCUUUUAUAUUCAAGGAGCUUACCUUGAAAGGGUUCUGGUUACAGAGGUGGAUGAGUUCAGACAAAGCUGAAGAGUGCCGAUCUAUGAUAGACUACCUUUUGGGCCUAUUUCGGGAUGGGAAAUUGAAAUACGAGUUUGAAGUGGCACCUUUUGAUGAUUUUCAUACAGCUCUUGAAAAGGCUAUGGGAAAGAAAGGAAGGCAGCCCAAACAAGUUCUUAAGUUCUAAGUCAUGGACAAUCAUAUAUUUGAUCUAAAACUAGGCCUAGUAUGAAAUUUACUCUAACUUAGAGUCCCUGUGGUUAUAAGCUGUACAUAUAUACGCAUGUAUAAUUGUUGUUGAGGUCUUCUGGAGUCCAAAUUCCAAAUAUGUUAAGACUUGGAAAUUCAUAUGAUAGUUAAAAUAAAUCGUAUAGCCAGGGAUAGUUCUAGCUU